AGGCGAAUCUCAUCACAUCAAUUCCAAACCAGAGUUCUAAGUAUCAAUCCAUUCCUUCCCUCCCAAGAGAUUUAAUUGCCAUGGCCCGAACUAAACAAACAGCUAGAAAGUCCACUGGAGGAAAAGCACCAAGAAAGCAGCUUGCAACCAAAGCGGCCAGAAAGUCUGCCCCAGCGACAGGCGGAGUCAAGAAACCGCACAGGUUCAGACCCGGAACCGUCGCACUUCGUGAGAUCCGAAAGUACCAGAAGAGUACUGAGCUUCUGAUCAGAAAGCUUCCCUUCCAGCGCUUGGUUCGCGAAAUCGCUCAAGACUUCAAGACCGAUCUGAGAUUUCAGAGCUCAGCCGUGGCGGCUCUUCAAGAGGCUGCGGAGGCUUACCUUGUUGGACUUUUUGAGGAUACAAAUCUUUGUGCUAUUCAUGCCAAGAGAGUUACUAUUAUGCCGAAGGAUAUUCAGCUCGCGAGGAGAAUUAGAGGCGAGCGUGCUUAAGGGUGGUGACUGUGUAGUAUUGUCUAUUGGCUACUGUCUUUAUUUUUAGUUUAGUUGGUACUUUAGGUUUAUGGCCUUUCUUUUAUGUGAAUGAAAUCUGAUAUUUUUCCAUUGUAGUUUCUCCACUUGAUUCAGUAUUUGCUUAUGUUUUUGACUUUUUAGUAAUUGGUUCAUAGACAAGUUAAUUAGUGUGAUUGAA